AUGAACGAGAAGAAGGACGAAGGGAAUAAAGGUCACGAAAGACGAAAAAUACUGAAGACACGAAAGUUGAAGAAGGUUAUGGACGAAGGAUACGAAAGUGGAAGACCGAAGUGGACGAAGGACACGGAGGACGAAAAGGUCUUAGGGACGAAGAAGCUUGAAGAGGACGAAGAACAAAGGGCACGAAUGAUGAAGGGACGAAGGACGCGAAGAACACGAAAGAUGAAGGGCACGAAGGACGAUGAACGAAGAGAACGAAGGACACAGAAGACGAAAAGAAUGAAGGGAAGGAAAGACAAAAAGAACAAAAUAAGAUGGAUGCGAAAAAGGAAGGGGCGAAGGAUGAAGGGGACGAAGGACAAAAGACAAAAGGGACGUAGGGCAAACGGGACCAAAGCCGAAGAACGAAGGGAACGAAGGACGAAGAACCAAGUGUGA